CUUCGCAAAAUUUUAAAAUACGAUUCUACUUUAUCUGUAUGUUUACGAAAAGGAAAUGAUUAAUGCUGCAGUGACAUAAGUCAUCUACCUUGGCCGAAUAUUAUUACAUUCACCUUCUGAACAUGCUGGUCAGUGGCACCAGCAGCUGAGGACACCAGACAAUAAUUGGCUUCACAUUACAUCGUGGUCAUACCGUUUACCUGCUCUCGCCAGUGAUUACAAAAAUAUCGCAAUAAUCGAUAUUUUUAAUUGUUAUUAGCUAAAUUGGUGAUAACAAACGUCUCAAUUUCAUUGGCUUAGAUGACGAGGAUGUCGGCUGCGCGAAGCUAAUCGAUUGUUUCUUGCAACGAAAAUCUUUACUGUGGAAUAGUGGAUACUAUUGGUAUAUAGUGAGAUACAAGAGUGACUGGUGCGGAAACUAUUCAAAUAAUCAGAAACUUCCCCUUUUCAUACGUUUUUAUUUUUCGACAAAUCUAUCUCUUGUACGAGGAUCUGGGAAAGCGCCAGGGAGUGAAUAGAUAUUGCCAACAAGCUGUUAAGUGACGUGUAUAAUUGAAGAAAUUUCUGUAUAAAAUCUCUCGUCUGGGCAGCGGUACAGAAAGAUGCUUGACUGACGCUAACCUUUCUCCCCCAGAAUGACCAACGAUACCUGAGCAUUGCCCAAUGCAAGUAGCAGCAAUCCCAGUGUUCUCUUGAUGGCGAUAGGGGUCCCGUACAUGACGAGGAAAUGACUACAUAUGUCAUAUUCAGUAUGGCUACCCUUUUCCUUGUGGACAGGGCAUGCGCCGUGUCGGUUCGCUAUAGUGUCAUGCUUGAUGCCGGGAGUUCUAGUACCAAACUCAGGGUGUAUUCAUGGCCGGAACGAAAAUCCACUUCAUCCACGCUACAAAUAACAGAGACCUUUUCACAAAGAAUAAAACCUUCAUUGAGUUCAUUUCAGGAUAGUUUAGAUUUACUUCCGAAGUAUCUUCUCAAUAUAACCUCUAUUGCCGAAUCACAAGUGCCUUCCAGUAGUCAUAACAAAACCCAUAUCUAUCUUCUGGCAACUGCAGGUCUCCGGUUUUUAAAAGAAGAAAAGGCCACUGCUUUGAUGAACAUGGUGCGAAGUGUACUGUCAGACAAAAGGAACCACGGGUUUGUGUAUAGUGAAAGGAGUGUCCGAAUUCUCUCUGGCGAGGAGGAGGGUGUGUUCGCUUGGAUAACUGCUAACUAUCAUAAUGGAUUUUUUUCUUCUCACCAAUCCUUAUCAAAAGCAGUUGGCGUCCUAGAAAUGGGAGGCGGAUCCACGCAGAUAACCUUUUUACCCGACGGGCCUCUCCUAGCUCAUAUGUUUACACUUCGAAUCUCUGGAAGAAUAUAUAAUCUAUAUUCUCACAGUUAUUUGAAUUUUGGAAAAGAUUACAUGGAAAGGAGAGUAAAAGAUUACCUCAUACAACAGAACCCACAAGUUUACGACAUCCUUAAUCCCUGUUCUUUAAAGAAUGACAAUUACAGUUACGAGUACGGGAACACCACUGUGAUAUUCCGGGGAUCCAGUUCUCCCUCCGAGUGCCUUACGAUCAUAUCAAACUUUCUAAGACUUUCUUACGACACGUGUUAUCCCAAGCCAUGUGCAAUAGGCUCCAUUUAUCAGCCUUCCGUUGGGUCAGACAUAUUCUAUGCCGUUGCUGUUUUUGCCUUCGUAGCAUCUGAUUUGAAAGCUACAGAUUCUUCAGGGAGACUUGAUAUUGACAAGCUGAAUAAAACUGCACAUAUCUAUUGCAGUAAGACUAUAGAUGAUGCGGCAUCUGUGUAUAAUGUUCCUCCAGAAUUUGGCUCCAAUACUUGUAUGAUGGCGCUGUACAUUACAGAGUUGCUUACCUUUUCUUAUGGAUUUCCGGUGAACACAAAGAGGAUUUAUUCUUUUAAAGAUAUCAACGGAAAAUCCUUGAACUGGCCGUUUGGUGCGGUGGUGUACGAGGCUGAGCUGCUGGCUAGGGACUAUCCGUGUCCUCCGUUUAACCAGAUCAACGCUGGGACAUCGCAACACCCACUUAGACUAACGAAAGACCAUUUGAGCUGGCAGCUGAAGCAUCACCAGUACCAGCCCCCCACACAGAGCGGUUCAGUGACCAGGGGUCUCAAACUUCCCCCCAUCCACCCGCCUCACCCUAGGACUGGCUUCCCAAUGACCUCCACCCAGCAGAUCGGCUGGAGGUCGUCUAGGAAGGAGUGUCAGUUGGAGAAGUACGGACGCUAUGGCCCUGGGCCUAGGUGUCGCGGCCGGUACGGAAUUCUGAAGAUGCUAAAUUGGCCUCAAGAGGGAUCCCCAUGAU